AUGGCGACAACGCAAGUCUUUCCAGGCCUGGCAGCCAGACAAGAACCCGAUCCUGACCCCUCGGAUAUCGACUUUUCCUCAAACGCCCCUCGUAUUCUCGCCAUCGUUGGUACGUUGACAGGACUCGCUGCGCUACUAUUAGUCCUACGAUGCUAUGUCCGAAUCUUUAUCCUGCGCCGGUUCUACGUCGAAGACUGGAUUAUGGUUGUGGCUGCGAUGUGCUCCUUCGGCGUCCUCGCAUGCUUCGUCGGCGAAAGUCACCACGGUCUGGGCCAGUACAAUGCCGCCAUCGCGGCCAACAAUGACAAUGAGACGCUGAGCAAGUGGUUCUGGCCGCAUGCGAUUCUGCUAGUGCUAGGGAUUAGUCUGGUGAAGAUAUCCAUUGGGUUCUUUCUGCUACGCUUCACGACACAGAAGAAGUUUUUGAAGCCGUUCAUUAUGGGAUCUCUCGUAUUUCUUGUCUUGUUUACCAUCGCCUGCAUGUUGACACUUAUCCUGCAGUGCAUUCCCAUCGAGGCAGCGUGGGAUUUCAAAAAGCGUCUGGCCAAGGGGACAAAGUGCUACUCGGGUGAGACUUAUCUCAAGAUUGGGAAAUUCAACAGCGCAAUCAAUAUCAUCACAGACUUCAUCUACGCCACGCUACCGGUGUUCAUGUUCUACGAUAUCCAGGUCAACCGAAGAACGAAGGCUUCGCUCAUGGGGAUUCUCAGUCUGGGUUACUUUGCCUGUGCCGCCGCGAUCACAAAAGCUGUUCUCCAAAGCAGAGUCUACGAGGAGAAAAACAUGUACCGCAAUGCCGACUACCACAUCUGGAACUCAGUCGAGCUCAACGUCGGCAUAAUCGCCGCCUGCUUCCCCACAAUCAAGCCCCUGGUCAAGAGCAUAAUCGGCAGCACGAGGAGUCUAACAGGGUACGGCUCGCGAACACGCACACGCAAACGCACGGGCGACGCCUACUACGGCCCCAACAGCAACAUCCACCACAACAGCCACGUUCUGGCCUCGCUGCACCGCAGCCGGAUUGAUCCCGAGGAGCAGAAAUACCACGUCCACAUCCAUGGGAAUCAUGCGUCGCUCUCGGAGGGGUCCGAGGAGGGGAGCAGCCAGGAGAAUCUGGCGUCUGGGGCGAGGGUGGCGUCGCCGAGGAGGAUGCAUACGGCUGGCAGGAUUGUGCAGACUACGGAGGUGAUUGUGCAGAGUGAGGAUGGGAGUGACCAUGGGGUUAUGGCGAUUGGGCCGAGGAGGACGGUGGAGGAUCGUAUAUAG